AUGGCCAAAUAUAUAACGGCACGCGAGUUGCGCCAGCAUUGGGUAAAUCAGCAUGAAAUUGCCCUCCUUGAUGUACGCGAAGAAGGCCCCUACUCCAAGUCCCAUCCUCUGUUCGCACUUAGUGUGCCAGUCUCGGAGAUUGAAAAAAAGUUGCCUCCAUUAGUCCCUCGAUUCACGGCCCCGAUUGUCGUCUACGACGAUGGCGAAGGCUAUGUUGAUCGAGCUACCAGUCGGAUAUUAGCCCUGGGGUACCGGGAUGUCGCGAUCCUCAAAGGUGGGCUUUCGGGCUAUGCCCUCGUUGGAGAAGUCUAUCGCGAUGUCAAUGUGCCAUCGAAGGCGUUUGGCGAGCUCGUUGAAUCCAUAAAUCAUACCCCAUCCUUAUCUGCGCGGGAUAUCAAGGACAUGCUGGAGGGUGAGGGGGAUGUGGUUGUUUUGGAUGCCAGACGGUUUGAAGAAUACAACACAAUGAGCAUUCCCCAUGGCCGCAGCUGUCCAGGAGGAGAACUUCUGUAUCGCUUUUUCGAGGCUGUACCCUCCCCGGAGACCACAGUCGUCGUCAACUGUGCAGGUCGGACGCGGAGUAUUGUUGGAACCCAGUCUUUGAUCAACUCUGGAAUUCCGAACAAAGUGGUGGCGCUUCGAAAUGGGACGAUAGGGUGGACAUUGGAAGGUUUGGAACUAGAGAGGAAAAAGACCGAGCGGGUUCCACGGCCUUCAGAUGAGGCAUCCAAAAGGGCACGGCAAUACGCUCACUCGUGGGCAAACCGUGUUGGUGUUCCUUUCGUUGAUGGCGAUCAACUUACUCGAUUUGCCGCGGAGUCGGAAUAUCGAACUCUUUACCUAUUAGACGUGAGAGACCCGGAGGAGUACGCCCUUGGGCACCCGCCCGGCUUCUCCAAUGCUCCCGGUGGUCAAUUGGUACAAGCCACCGAUGAAUGGGUUGGUGUUCGAGGAUCUCGCAUUGUUUUAUACGACACGGACGGUGUGCGAGCACGUAUGACAGCUAGUUGGCUCUUACAACUCGGAUGGGAGGUGUAUGUCUUUGAAGACCGGUCCCCAGUGCCUGAUGGUUUUUCAUUGUCGAAAGUCCCUUCAUGGAAUCCCUCAAAGGCUGGCGCCAUCACGAUCGACGAACUGCAAAACCUCACGGGAGCAAUUGUGAUCGAUCUUGCCCGUAGUCCAUCCUACCGCAAAGGCCACAUUCCGGGCGCAUGGUUUGUUUCCGGACCUGAACUUGCCCGAGAUUUGCGGACUAUCGGCAGCGACGGCCCUAUCGUCUUGACCUCACCCGAUGGUGAGGUUGCUGCCAUGAACAUUGACGAAGCACGAAGUGCAGUUUCGCGAGAAGUUUAUUACCUGGUGGGAGGAACAUUAGCCUGGGUGGCUGCGGGUCAUACCCUUGAGACCGAACCGCGGUGGCUAUCGCAGCCAAUCGAUGUGUAUAAACGGCCUUAUGAAGGAACAAGCAACGCUCGCAAGGAUAUGCAGGGGUAUCUUGACUGGGAAUACGGCCUUAUUGCACAAUUGGCGAACGACGGGGUCGCACGUUUCCACGUUGUGCGUGACUCGCGUGGGAAAUGUGGAAACUUGAAUUGA